ACUCCAAUAUCAAGGUAGGGAAGGAGGCAAAAGGAGAUACACCCCUUGGUGUAGAGAAAAAGGGGCGGGAGAAGGAGACACCUCAGAAGGAGAAGUAGUAGGGGAAUGUCAUUACGGCAGCAAAAUAUUCUCUAUAAAAAGUUGGAAGAGGAGUCCCGAAAGCCUAGGAGAUGAAGCAGAGAUGCCGUCUCGGCGGGGCUCUCUCCACUCAAGUGUCCCGAAGCUUCUCCUCCUCUGUGGCAGCCGCUCCGUCGCUCACUGUGCGACCUUCGUCCUCACGUAGGCCGGAGUGCGGCGGGGCUCGCAGGCGGAGACGGCCGUGCGGCUGGCAGCCCGCCUUUCUCUGCGCCGCCCCGCCCGCCUACCCUGCCCGCACUGGCAGGGCCCUCCUGGCGCGAGUUUCCUCAGGGUACAAACACAUCUCUGGCCAGUCGUCCUCUGGAGGCAGCCCUGUCAGCUCAAGGAUUUUGUCCAACUGGGCGGCUUCGGUGUUCCGCACAAGGGAAGCUUUCUACGACCGUCUGCGAGAUCCGCCGCCGUCGCGCGUGCGCGGGUGUGGCGCUUGCGGACUGCAGAACUCCCGCGGCGCGGCACCCGGGUGUGGCCGCCACGGAGGGAAGCGCCGUCCGGUGGCGGUAGAUUCCGGCCAGGCCAAGGUCAGCCAGCUUGACUGUCCAGAAUGUUCUCUGGCUUCAGGUCUCAGUGAACAGUGCAACUGCCCUUCGGCAGAUCGAGGCCUCCUAGGACCUGGCGCGUCAGACCGUGAUGGUCCCCGCCAGUGCGGGUCCGGGACUAAAGGGUUUCCUAGGAUGGAAAAACCUGGGAAAGGCCCAGGCAAACCUUCAAGAGUUGGUCACCCUACUCAAGACUGAGGCUCGUGUACAAUAGCCAUGGAAGAGGCAUUCCACAGGAGAAACUGCCUGCCCGAAGCCCGAGAAGGCUGCUGUGGGGCUUGUUGAAGGAAGCGUCCUCUAGGCCAGAAUUACUAACAUAAAUGAUACUCCAGGGUGUCGUGGGACCUAAGAUAAGAAAGGAAGGAGGGGCUUUGUAGAGAGGGGGCCAGUCUAAGAAGUUCAUCAUCCAUUGAUAAGCAAUGGGAGAUCUGGAAACCACGAGUGGAGAUGUGAGAAGUUGGCAGCUUCUUUCUGACACCACCCUCAUGCUAACUUCUACACCUUCCCAUAAACAAUUCUAGAGAGAUGCAGUGGUUCACGGGUCUAUCUACUGUCAAGCAAAGUAGUUUCCCCUACGGUUCACCCAAGUUUGGAGUCUUCUAAGGAGUGUGUCCUAAAGAACAAUGAAGACAUAUCAAGGAUGGCAGUAGUUCUUGCACCCACUGUGCUGUUUGAAACCUAACGGUCUAGGGUCAGCAAAUAUUCAUCCUACUUGACCGCCUUCCACAAGGGCACCUCUGAACACCACCACGGGCGCUGAUGGUCAUCUGCUUACUGCGCAGGGGAGCCCGGCCAGCACUUGCAGGUUACAGGUCCAUUUCUGAGUGUCCGAGGGCCAGGAGGGGGAAGGAGAAGUCACACCUCGCACAGACACUCCUUUCAUAAAAGCAAAAACCUGCAGUCUAGGCUGUCUGACCUUGUUAUUUGAUUAUUUAUACCGCCAAGAAAGAGUAUAAUAAUUUUCUACAAGUUUCUCUAUGGCUAUUAAAGAGUAUCGUAACCAGCUUCUUGUAUGUUUACUGAAGGUUAAAGAGGAACUGAUUGUAUUGAUUUAUAUUUCAUCAAGAAGAAUUUAGGCUGAUAUUCAGGAAGAAUUUUCUUACAUUAAAUUACCUGGAAAAAAAUAUGUGUGGUCCACAUUCCAAUACCUUCUUUCCUUGGAACUAAAAUGCUCUGGAGGUAUUAACUUUUUACACUAAUUUAUUAUGUACUCAAUGAACAAGCACUUAUUAAGUACAAGUGUGUAAUAUAAAUAGCUGAUACUAAACACAUAUUAAAAUUAAUACAGCUUUCAAUUUUGUAGCCCAAGUAGAGUGGCAAACUGAGCCAAUCUUAGCUCAUCUUAUUUUUCUCAAGCUCUACACGAAUGGCAGACUCUGAGACAUGUUUUAUCCUGAAGAUCUCCUCACUGUGCUAAUUCAGUCAUACUCCAUUCAUCAGAACUGCAGAGGUUUGGGGAGGGGAGAGUAUAGCACAGCCUGGAAGCUGAAAGUUGAUAACAGGGCAAGGACAGAAGACAAAUGC